CUUUUAUCAGUCCCUCCUCCACUCUACAUACAAAGUACACCAACCUUCUCUCCCUGUCUGUCUCGCUCUCUCUCUCUCUCUCUAUCUGCAUUCUUGUUUUCGUAUUAAAGACAAAAAAGAAGUUUUAGGAAAAACAGAAAAGAAGAGGAGAGUGAUAAAUAUCAUGUGCCCGACUAGUAAGCAAAAACACCGAGGCUCCGCCAUGGAUUCCGCCGCCAAACCUGCUGCUUCCCUCCCCGAUUGGAUCACCGACUCAAUAAACGGUGGAUCCUUGCGACACGUGGACCUCGACACUGGAACCAACGGUUGGGCGUCACCACCAGGUAACCUCUUUUCUCUCCGUUCCCUUAAUUACCUCACUAAACGACAAAAAGCACCCGCCGGAGACUACCUGCUCUCUCCGCUCGGUAUGGACUGGCUCAAGUCAACUACCAAGCUCGACAACGUACUCGCCCGUCCCGACAACCGUGUUUCUCACGCGCUGAAAAAAGCUCAAUCCCAAGGCAAAUCUAUGAAAAGCUUCGUUUUCGCCGUCAAUCUCCAAGUCCCUGGCAAAGAUCAUUAUAGCGCGGUUUUUUAUUUCGGUACGGAAGAUCCUAUCCCUCCCGGUUCGUUGCUCUACCGAUUCGUCAACGGAGAUGAUGCCUUCAGGAACCAACGGUUCAAGAUCGUCAACCGGAUUGUCAAAGGCCCAUGGAUCGUCAAAAAGGCGGUGGGCAAUUACGCAGCUUGCUUAUUAGGUAAAGCUUUGACGUGCAAUUACCAUAGAGGACCAAAUUAUUUGGAAAUUGAUGUCGAUAUCUCCAGUUCGGCAAUUGCUAACGCGAUUUUGCACCUCGCUUUGGGAUACGUGACAAGUGUGACAAUCGAUAUGGGAUUUCUGGUGGAAGCGCAAACGGAGAAUGAGUUGCCGGAAAAGUUGAUCGGUGCGGUUAGGGUUUGCCAGAUGGAGAUGUCCUCUGCGACUGUGGUUGACGCACUGACUCCACAGAUUCAACCGGCGGCGGCGCGUGUAAUGGGUUGUUCGAAGGUAAAUCACCAUAAGUCCGGUGAUGACGAAGAUGAUGAUGAUAAAUGAUAACUCUUUUUUCCCCUUAAUUUUAAAUUUAAUAUUUUCAGUAUGUCAAAUGGUUGUCCCUUUUUUAGAGGGGAUUGAUGGGUAUAGAAAAUAAAAAUUAGAUAACAAAUAACAAAUGUGCUCUGAUUUUCCAUAUCUGUUCAUUUUUUCCUUUCGUUUUCUUGGGGCUUUUUGAGUUUGAAGGAAGUGGGGGAAAGCAAAAAGAUAGUGAAAGAAAUGAAUGAAGUGAUGUUUGUUUGGAUGUCAUUGUUGCGUUGGGGACAAUUGCUUUGUGGUGUGGGGAAUAUUGUGUCACUGCCGGCAACUGUGCGACUGUUGAGAUUUUGGUGGGUAAAAGAUACGUCAAUAAAGUUGGAAUAGGACGGUGGCUGUGCGGCGGUUCCUGCCAAUCCCGAUAAGGCCAAUAAUGUUUUCAUUAUAUUAUCACUCACAAACCUUUACUGAAUUGCAACUGUAUGUUCUGUGGAUUUUAUUGAAUCAUAUUUCUCAUCAUUAGGAACAAUAA